UUAUUUUUUGAAUUGUUGCGACAAGUCGUGCAUCUCCAUAGCCAAGGUGAACAGGUACAGCCUUAUUAGCGUGUUCAGUCGAACAGAAAGCGUAUCGCGCGUCGCUUCAUCCCGUUUAGCUUUGAAGUAUGGCAGUAGAAUUUUGCGCCAGCAAGUGUUCACACGCGUCUCAAUGAAACAGGUUCUGAAUAAGAAUGGUUAUUAAUCAAUUGACGUCAGAGCAGAAGACAAGAAGUGAUUUAUUGAAGUGUUAAAUACCAAAAAUGGGCUCAGACAUAAAGUGUAGCAAAAAUGAUGGUGAAUCGAACGGCUAUCUGCGUGGUCUGUUGGAGGAUGGUGCGAAAACGCCGGUGGACGUUGAUGUCGAUGCGUACAAGCUUGAAUUACCACCCUGGUACGAUGAUGUGAAGUUCAAACGAGCUCAGCGCUACUUCAAACAGAACUUCUUCGCAAUGUUUGUAGCCAAACUGUGCGGUUUGUUGGUAGUUUUGGCAGUGUCCAGCAUUUUGAACGUGCUCAUCUACACGAACCAAUCGUCAACAGCUGUAACGGCGUACAAACGCUAUAUAGCGACCAUAAUGCACACUUUGAACUGGUACUACGAAGACUUAUUGCCAGGGACUGCAGCUUGGAAAUCGAUUGCCUAUGUCAGAAGGGGGCAUGUCGCAGUUAGCAAGCGAAGCAGUGCCAAGCAGAGCAGCAGAAUCGUAUCACAAAAGGAUAUGGCUGUGACACAGUUUGGAUUCGUGGGGUACACCGUAUUAGGUUAUAAGCAGCUAGGAAUUGUGUACAACAAAGAGGAUAUGGAAGCGCUGGUGCAUUUCUGGCGAGUUAUCGGAUACAUGAUUGGAAUUCAAGAUCGAUACAACUUGUGUACGGACAACCUGGUCUCUUCUGAGCACCGCAUGAGACAAGUAGAGGAGCACAUCUUGAGACCCGCCCUCCUCUCCACAACGGAAAGUUUCGAGAAGAUGGGCAAAGCACUCGUUGAGGGUUUGUGGUGUUUCAACCCUUUCUUGGACUACGAUGCGUUCCUGUUUCUGACAGCACGCCUCACUGGCGUUCCCGGCUACUAUUAUUGGACGGAAGAACUACCAUCGGCAGAUUGUGAAACCAAGUUCCAAAACUUUAGUCGAUACAGUCGGUUUAUAUUGUACUUCGUUUUGCUAAUACACGAAGUUUGGUUAAAAUCCACAAUCUUUAGGUGGUAUUUGAACAGUCAAAUGAUUAUGUCGAGGUUCCUGAUCACAUACUUCCCAUUUUUAGCUAUAUUCAAAUUCGGUAUAGGGGAUUCUUAUGUUCGGAUAUUGAAAUAAGUUCAACACAGCCAAUACCUGAUGAUUUCUUAGAUUUGUUUAAACUUUAGUUCCUUAGACAGUGAUUAGACGUUACCUUGUUGCUUAACAGCUAGAUACAGAUUGAAUAAAUUAUACAGCGCUUGAAUGUAUCCGGCCUGUCCGUUGCUCUCCUGUACUGGAAUAUCAAAAAUGUUACAAAUAAUCUCAAUAUACCUGCUCAGUGAACAAUCCAAAUCCGCUGAGGGAAAUCCAA